GUUUAGGUGUGUUGCGCGACAUAGGGCUCAAUCACAUGAUGUUUUUGUAUUGGAUUUACAAUUCACUGAGCCACUACACUGAACGAUAAAUCUCAGACUUCAAGAUGUCCCAGUUUGAGAAGCUUGCCAAGGUCCGAGAUGCAGAGAAGGAGAGCGAGUAUGGCUACGUCCACGCCGUCUCCGGCCCUGUUGUUACAGCAGAGAAGAUGUCUGGAGCUGCUAUGUACGAGCUCGUCCGUGUUGGACACAGCGAGCUGGUAGGAGAGAUCAUCAGACUGGAAGGAGAGUUUGCAACCAUUCAGGUCUACGAGGAAACUUCUGGUGUGACGGUUGGUGACCCGGUGCUAAGGACUGGUAAACCACUUUCCGUUGAACUAGGACCCGGGAUCCUUGGCUCUAUCUUUGAUGGUAUUCAAAGACCGCUCCGAGACAUCAAUGUACUGACAGACAGUAUCUACAUUCCACGUGGUAUCAACAUCUCUGCUCUGAAUCGAUCCCUGAAAUGGGAAUAUCAAUCCUACCAAGGGAUUAGGGUGGGCAGUCACAUCACAGGUGGUGAUUUCUAUGGGAUCGUCCAUGAAAACUCCCUCAUUGAACACAGACUGAUGCUUCCGUCGAAAUGUCGUGGGACGGUCAAGUGGAUGGCACCUCCUGGUAACUACGACAUCACUGACGUGAUCCUGGAGACAGAGUUUGAUGGUGAACUGACCAAACACAGCAUGUUGCAAGUCUGGCCCGUUAGACAGAUGAGACCAGUCUCAGAGAAGCUACCGGCAAAUCACCCUCUCCUAACCGGACAACGAGUUCUUGAUGCUCUAUUCCCAUGUGUGCAAGGCGGGACGACAGCCAUCCCCGGUGCUUUCGGUUGUGGUAAGACCGUCAUUUCCCAGUCGCUGUCCAAAUACUCCAACAGUGAUGUCAUCUGCUACGUUGGAUGCGGGGAACGUGGCAACGAGAUGUCUGAAGUACUCCGAGAUUUUCCGGAGUUGACUGUUGAGAUCGGUGGUAAGACGGAAUCGAUCAUGAAGAGAACAACGCUAGUAGCAAACACAUCCAACAUGCCAGUAGCAGCUAGAGAGGCUUCUAUCUACACAGGUAUCACCUUAGCAGAGUACUUCCGUGACAUGGGUUACAACGUCUCCAUGAUGGCUGACUCAACAUCCAGAUGGGCCGAAGCCUUGAGAGAAAUCUCUGGACGUUUGGCUGAAAUGCCUGCUGACAGUGGCUACCCAGCAUACCUCGGUGCGCGUCUAGCGUCUUUCUACGAGCGUGCCGGCCGAGUCAAAUGCCUCGGUAACCCAAGCAGAGAAGGAAGUGUCAGUAUCGUAGGAGCUGUGUCCCCACCAGGUGGUGAUUUCUCCGACCCUGUCACCACCGCUACCCUCGGUAUCGUCCAGGUCUUCUGGGGGUUGGACAAGAAGCUCGCCCAAAGGAAACAUUUCCCCUCGAUCAACUGGCUUAUCAGCUACUCCAAGUACAUGAGGGUGCUGGACGACUUCUACGACAAGAACUACACAGAGUUUGUGCCGCUUAGAAGUAAAGUCAAGGAGAUCUUGCAGGAGGAGGAAGAUCUAUCUGAGAUUGUUCAGCUGGUAGGCAAGGCAUCUCUGGCCGAGUCGGACAAGAUCACCUUAGAGGUUGCCAAACUUCUCAAGGAUGACUUCUUACAACAGAACGGUUACACGCCCUAUGAUCGGUACUGUCCAUUCUACAAAACCGUCGGAAUGCUCCAGAAUAUUAUUCUAUUUUACGAUCUUGCAAGGCACGCCGUGGAGACGACAGCGCAAUCAGAGAACAAGAUCACCUGGGCAAUUAUCCGAGAGAACAUGGGCGACAUUAUGUACCAACUCAGUAGCAUGAAAUUCAAGGAUCCGGUAAAGGACGGCGAAGCCAAGAUCAAAGCCGACUACAUCGAGCUCGCCGAAAACAUGCAGACACAGUUCCGAAACUUAGAGGACUAGAAAACGAAUAACUCCCUACAACUGAUAACAAAUUCAAAAAAGGUUUAUAAAUAUAUGACAGUAUUAAUGAUAAUAGUACUUUAUUAAACAUCUGUUCUAAGUAGAAUAGUAUAUAUAUUUUCCCUCUAACGUCGGGUGUUUUUGUCAGUAGUGUCCCUGUUGUUAUAGUGUAACGGGGGUGGUGUUUGACUUUUAACAUGUCUGGGCCGAUUAUACGGGCUGUUAAUAUUUUAUUUGACUGAAGAGACAAAAUGCUAACCCAAGAUAUUUCAACAUGAAACUUUCUUCGGGUAAACAUAUUCAACACUAUGUUCAAAUGUUCAGCUAAUUAACUGGCUUCCUAAAAAAG